UUCCCACAUGUUGAAAAUGAAAAUCCCUGGUGCUCCACCUGCAGUCAACCAGAUGGCUUCAGUUUUCCACAGGUCUGCAGAGACCUCACUUUGGAAGGAUAAACUGAAGGAUGAUAUGGAUGGAGACAGCGGACAAGCGCUGAAGUGUCAGCAGCCUGUCAUGAAAAGACGAGCCUCAGAGAGAACCAGGGCCGUAGAGAGCCAGACGACCUCCAGACAGGCCUCUCCAGGGACGCGCCAGUCUGACGAGUCUCCCACCACACCAAGACAGGCAGCACAGUGCGCAGGGCUCUCUCCUCCAGCGUCUGGCUCCAGCCAGUCAAAUCCAUCCACAACAAGACGCUCUUUGAGGAAGAGAGCGGCUGCCAACACUGAAGUCAACCACCGUGUGGCGCCAGAGGCCAACACCCCCCCUGGCCAAAAGAGCAGUCAAUAUAACAGGACAUGGGUAGAUGGAAUGUCUGUGGGAGAGGCCUUCCAAGCCUCAGUCUGUCAUCGGUCUGAAAGCCAGCAGACCCCCGCCACAGCACAACGCCACACCAGGUUCACAGGAGCACGAAGCAGCCAAAGUGAGAGCAAGACUAAACUGGAAUCUAAGGAGAAAAAGAUGUUGGCCGUCAGUCAGAUCAAGAGGAACCGUUUCGAAGAGACAAAAUUACAUUUAGCAGUGAUGAGGCAACAUGAGAAAGAAGUCCGAGACAUCAUGAGGUUGGGGACCUCCAUCAACAUCCAAGAUUAUGCAGGCUGGACUCCUCUCCAUGAGGCUGUGCUCACAAAACAAGUGUCCAUAGUGCGCCUCUUACUUAGAGGAGGAGCCAUGGUUAACAUCCCAGCCCACAAUGAUGUCACUCCACUACAUGAUGCGGUACAGCUUGGAGCAUAUGAGAUGGUUGAUCUUCUGCUAAAGCAUGGUGCUGACCCAAAGCUGAAAGAUGCAAGGGGCAUAACACCUAUAGACCUGGUGACAACAGCUCCUAUUGCAAAACUGUUAGGCCAUCCUGAUAUGAAAAUCUGCCCGCAAGGAGAUGUGAAAUCCCCUGGCCGCUGCCCUACCGAGACCUCAGAUGCGGAGAAGAAAGAGACAGCUACAUUCCCAGGCACCGCUGAGGACUCGUGCAGCAGCAGCGAUUGCCAAGAUGACCAGACGGCACUCUCGGUCUGUGGCACGCCUGCUGAAAAAAAGAUAAAAAUCACUGACAGCAGGAAACAGAGCAGCCCUUUGAACCGUCCCCAGCGCGGCACCAUCCGCUCAGAUAUGAGCGAGUCAGGAAAUGUUAUCGAAAGCUCUGGCGACUCCUCGCCAACCAAUGGAAAAACAGAGUUGCCGUUAAAUGAUGAAAGAGGAGGGAGAAACAUUGAAUGUGGUGUGGACCUCAACGUGAAGCCUUGCAGGCCUACACACAACAGCCUGGUUGAGGCAGAGGCAGGCCAGGGCGAUGAUGAAAUUUUAACUAACACGAACGUGAUGCAGCCCCCUAGACCCAUCAGGGAGGACGAGCAACUCAGGGAAGUUGCCAUGGAGAUGACCUCUGACCUUUGCACAGGAUCUCAUGCCGAAAUGUGCCUGAAUUCGGUAGGAAAUGAGUGUGUUGGAGUUGGAGACAAAGUGAAAUAUGAGUCACUCAGGACUCCGGAAGUCUCAGGGGAAGCAUGGGGGAAGUUUGCAGGAAACACUUUCUGUCAAGUGAAUCCUACAAGUGACGAGGAAGUCAACAUCCUAACGGCCACAGACUACACAAUGCUUGAAGGCUGUGACAUUAGUACCCAAUUCUCAGAGGGUGUGGAUAUGAAAAAAACUGUGGAAAGCAGAACCAACUACUUCGGUUUCAAAGAUGCUGUUACAGAUGUGUGCAUUUUGGACGACACAGAGGAGUGCAGUGUAUCUUUACUUGUGUGUCACACAGACACAGCAAAGCAAAGUGCUUCCUGUGCAAGGGAAGAAUUUGAGCCUGUUGACCACGCUAAAUCAGUGGGGCUUAUUGGGUCAUCCGUGACCGAGUCACCUGAUUCACGUGACAGCGACUCUCCGUCCCUGCUGACAGGAGCGAUCCGAAAAUGCGAGCAGAAUGAAGAAAUUCAGACAGUGGCAUGGCGUCCCGAGGAACGGCCUGGAACGCCCCGGAAUGCCAGGCCUGAGGCGCGCGGCGCGCCCUCAGAAAUUACACCUAGCCUUCAGAUAUCACACGCCGGCCAGCCGCACCUGGAUGAAACCCACACAGGGGAGGCAUCGCAAAACUCACACAGGCCUCACACACACUGUCUGUCUGACGGCUCUGAGACACAAAGAGACACAACUCACGCUUUCAACAGCCAAACAAGUACUUGGAUUUCUCCCUCACGGUCAGCGAAGCGUGACGUUAAAUGUCACACGCAGACAAGCCAGUUGAAUCAGUCUGUCGCAACGUGUUUUUUUGGUGCAACAGAAAAGGGUAAGACCGAUGAGAGUGUCUUUUUUGAACCGUGCAGCAGCAGCAGCAGGAAUGGCCCUGGUACACCAACGAGCAGCUAUCUGUCUGUGGACUCCGACGCAACCAUGCUCAAUCGGUUUGAACUCGAAAUUGUGAAAUCUGCGAGUAGUCAGGGAGUAGUCAGUGAAAACACCCCUCGCAGGAAUUUGUGUGAUGUGCAGUGCGAGGGAGCCAGUACCCUCCGUGCCCUGGUGCCCGCCGCUACCAGCACGAGGGAAGAUCUGGCAAACGGUGUCACAAUCACCAGUCAGGUCCAAACCGAAACCAAAGCAGAUGAACUCAGCUGCUCCAGUGAUUCUGACUGCACCAUGAUAUCUGAGUCUGAGUACACCCAGGCCAACAAGUCGAGGCGUGAUGUUAUUACCGAGACUGAGCCAGCAAACCCCAGCCUCUGUCUAAGGCCUUGUAGUCAGAAUGAUGACAUCGGAAACGGGAAUGAAAAUCUGCUUCCUAAUGGCAGCGAAUCAGAGACGUUCGGUGGUAUCGUCACUGGGAGCAAUGCUACCACCACUAACACCUCUGUUACCAGCCAGGGUAUGCCGAAACACAAGGCUAAGAUACCAAAACAAAAGAAGAGGCGGAAUGUGUCAACAAAGUCACAGGGCAGUUGGAAACCAUGGCAGCUGGGCAAAACAUUUGGGACCCAGUGUGACUCACCAGUGGAUAAAGGCCCUGUGGAAAAUGUCAAGGUAAACCUGAGAACUAUUCAUAAGAGAAAUGGAUUGGGAGAGACUCAGCUGCACCGAGCAUCCAAGAGAGGGGACCUGGCCUCAGUCAAAGCUCUGAUUGAGGCGGGUAUAGAUGUAAACAUCGCAGACUAUGCAGGGUGGACGGCCCUGCACGAGGCCAGCGCCGGAGGCUUCUCCGCCGUGGUGGAGGAGUUGCUGUGCGCCGGCGCCGACGUCACUAGCCGCGGACCCGAGGGACUCACUGCUUUGCAUGAUGCCGUGGUGUCUGGCUGGUCUGAGGUGGUCAAGCUUCUUCUACAGAAUGGAGCCAACCCUAAAGAUAGAAAUGCCCAGGGAAAGAGCGCCUUGGACUUGGCGUGGGUUCAAGACAUCAAAGAGAUGCUCUCAACGUUCAAGGGACCUCUGGUACAGCCUGUGCGCCCACGUCAGCCUGCCAAUGAGUGCACAUACCAGAUGAAACCAAGCCACUCUCCCGUAACACCUCAGCGCAAACCAGAGAGAGACCCAAAGGACCAGGAGCCCAGCAGAAUCACCACCGUGAAAAGCAACGUCUGUUUCAACAAGGCAGCCCACCCAGACUCCAUCAUGGUCAUACUAGAUGAGGUUGACAGAAAGCAGAAGGACUUGUCAACCUGGCAGUUAGCUCAUUCAGAAGACAAAGACAAAUUCAUGGAGGAAUGGUCACAGAUGCAGACCAAGCUGAACGAAGUGCUUAUUAAGCAACAGUCGGCUAAAGAUGACCUCACAAACAAGUACAGGAUGGCUCCUGACUCAUUUGAACAGGGCACUUUGAGAGAGAGCCUCACGUCUCUGGCCUCCCGUCAAAAACGCCUCUUGGGUCUUCUACAGAAGCAGAGCGAGCUAAAACUCAAGUACCACACUCCAAAAGGUAGAUCCGGACUUCAGAAUCAGAAAGUUCCAAACCCUGCCGCCCCCAAAAAGAGAAACCCCAUUGUCUUUCCAACCGGCCGCGUGAACAACCAUGCCGUCACAAAGGAUCCCACGAUAAGUAACAGUGUUUCCACUUCCUCUGGGCCGGCACCCACAGACAGAAAGAUACAGCCGAAAGGAGGAGGCAGCCUCGCAUACCAGACCACCAAACUCUUGUCUGGGACCAAUCUUUCAGGCUUGUCAUCAGACAGCAUAAGAGCUCCAGUCUACACUGUAUCGCUACCCUCUGAUCUCUCACAGGGCUCGUCGCACAUUGUUGUGAUCGACCACGGAGGGCAGCGCUUUGCCUUUGUUGACCUCUCCACAAUGAGUGUCCCCGCUGCGGCGCUUAGCAAACAGCCCGAUCCAAAGCGCAGGUGUUCGACACCGCCCCAUUCCACAGACAGCUCUCAAGCGAGCCUGGCUGACCUGGAGCUGCCUGAGAACCCUCUGACCCUGGCACAGGGCAGCGUGGGCACCACGUCGCACCACGCGACCCCGAUGCCCAAAACCGGAAGUGUCAGUAGUGGCCCUGGGAGAAAAUCGCUAACGUCGAAAACCAAGACGUGCUGUUUGAAAUCCAGCACCGGCCCUGAAGAUGCUGCUGGAGGUGCCAAGGGCAUGUGUUUGACCUCGGAUUACACCACCAGCCGUGGCUCUGAGGAGAUUCAGCAAGACGGGGCAUCUGAAGCACAGGGUAGCAGUGCUUCAAAGGGAAAUGAGGGCAGUGCAAAGCAGACCAACCAGCUUGCUAGCCUCAUGAGACAAGGAAUCCUUACACCGGCACAGAAUGCACUGGAGUUCAAACUGAAGGGCUCCUGCCACCAAGCAUCCCUUCUCCCGGGUGGCUUCAUCCGAGACGGAAAUGGCAAAGACUUUGUCACCCCCGAGCAGUGGGUUGACUCCAUUCUAGGAAACAACAUUCCUGUGUCUUCAACAUAUGCAUGGGAAAAGAUAACUUUCAGGUCCAGGUCCCUCAGUGCUUAUGUGAAUGUUGAUGAUAUCAGGAGAGCCCAGGCUGCAAGUCUGAAUGUCAAUGAACCAGACCCUCUGCCUCUUGCAUCACAGCCAAAAGAAAUCAAGAAAAAGAUCAGUGGGAACUACAUGGAGAUCAAAUCCAUCCAGCUGAUAUCCAAUGAUGAGUUUGCACCUACACACAUCAUUGAUCAGUACUGGGAGGUUAUCACAAAGUUUGAGGACUGGGGCCUAAUUUGAGGCAACAUCUCUGGUCAGAUGUUCGAGCAUUUAAUGUUUUACAUUAGUAUUCAUUUGUAUUUAAAUUGAAACAUUUUCAGUU